AUGGCGGUGGCAGAUGUGAAGUUAAAUUCACCAACUCAAACAAACACUCAAAGUGUUGUUGUCAAUGUCAAAGAAAGAGAUGUUGAAAUGGGGAAACCAUACGAAGACCAAGAUGGUAUAACAAUUGUUCCUGUAAAAGAACAACCAACAUAUCCUGAAGUUAGCAGAGACUUAAGUUCUGUUGCAGAUAUUCGAAACGACUACCAACAACUUAAAGACAAACUUAAAACUCAGGAGAAGAUUUGUCAGGCUUUGGGUAUAAUGUUAAACUUGGUUGAGCACAACCCUGUAAAAGUGAACUCAUAUGUCAUCGCACCUCGUGA